AGGUUAUGUUGUUUAUUUACCAUGGUGUAUCAAUAGAUUUCUUCAUGCAUUUCGACUGCGCUAACACAACCAUCGAAACCUACUACUGUAAAAAUUGCGACUUCAAAACCUUAUUAACUCUCCUUUUCAAACAACACACUAAAACACACGGAGAACAAAUUCCGUCAAUUAAAAACUACAAGAUCCGAAAGUAUGUUUGUAAGAAGUGCCCCUUUGAAACCCACUCCUUGCUCAUGUGGCUUCAACACACCACAGACUGUUCCAAAACCAAAAUGACCCAAAUCCUGGACGUUAUUAAAUGGCGCCACAAAUCUUCCCAACACUUGGGUCACGCUUGGUACCAAUGCAUAAAAUGCCCAUACAGAGCCAAAGAAAACUACCUUUUGAAAAGACACAUCAGUGCUCGCCACCUAGACGACAAAGACAUCAAAUGGUAUAAAUGUGAACAGUGCCCGUACAAAGCCAAACAAAGCAGCAAUUUAAAAUCGCACAUUAACAUCCACCAUUCACACGAAAAAGACAUCAAAUGGUAUAAGUGCGAACACUGCAUAUAUCAGAGUAAAUAUAACUCCCAUUUGAAAAAUCACGUAAAUGCACACCACUCCCUCGACCAAAAUAUAAAGUGGUACGAAUGUAAAUUGUGUCCAUACAAAACCAAACAGAACUCGAAUUUGAGGCUACACGUGACUGCGCGCCAUUUGGACGAGAAAGACAUCAAGUGGUACGAAUGCAAACAUUGCCCCUACAAAACCAAAAAUAACUCAAAUUUGAAAAACCACACGAAGGCGCGUCACUUGAGUGCGGACGAUAUCAAAUGGUAUGAGUGUGGGGAGUGUUGUUAUAAAACUAAAAGGAAUUAUAGUUUGAAAAGACACAUAAGUGCGCUGCAUUAGUGUGAGAUGUCCAACGAGUUAUAUAAAUUAAUGUUGUCAGUGUACUCUUCCAAAAUUUGUCUUUCUUUUGGUAGUAAAGUGAAAAUUAGCAAUAAAACAA